AUGCCGCCCGUCGACGCCAACGUGGUUGAUCGCUCACCCACUGGUGGCGCUUGGCCUCCGCUUGCUCCGCUCCGCCCUAGGGCCUCGGACAGCGUGCCUCCAUGUCCACCUGGGCUGGCGGCUCCAUUGAGCUCCGCGCCGCUGACGCCGUCGCCGCUGACGUCGGUCUCGCGUCAAGUACCAACCGGCAAUGAUGUCGUCGAAAAACUCAGUACGAACACUGAUCUGGAGUUUCCACCAAUCAGUGAUCGUGACAUGGUAAAUUCGGAGUUAAACCACCCAAUGUCGACGUUUGACGCGGAUUCGUCACGUCCAAUCUGCAAACAAAACGUGGGGGGAAUUUCCCCAUUGGCUGAUGGAACCGACGUUGCGACACCGCCUGCACCUUCUCGGUCUGCGGACGCAAGUGGACCCACGCGCCCUCCCCUUGACUUCAACAAGGUGAUCCGUGGUUUUACCUCUGCGUCGAAUCGGCACACUAAGGCAUCUAUUGUCCCGCCAUCUGCCGACGCCAUCGAAGCGAUCCUGUUGGAGCUCGCCAAGCCCAAAAAGGAUCGCAUCGAUGUGCUCGACCAAAUUAGCCUUGCUCGGCCAUACUCGCCUAAAGUGGCUAUGGCUCACUUCACCGUACGGGUGAUGCACUAG